AUGUCGUCAUUUCCAACCAGACAAGAAAGAAUUCACCUUGACGGCCGCACUCUCGAAGGAGGAGGUCAAUUAGUGCGUAUCGCGCUGGCCCUGUCCACCAUCACCGGCCGACCCAUCACAAUCGACCAUAUUCGCGGCAACCGCACCGGCAAGAAGGGUCUCAAAGCAUCCCACUUGGCUGCCAUCAAAUAUCUGGCAGACGUCAGCGGGAGUGCCGUCUCAGGCGCCGAGGUGGGAUCGUCUUCAUUGACCUAUCAUCCGCCACCAAAUGCAGAGACCUGCGUUCGACAAAACGGCGAGAUUAACAUCCAUUUACCAACGGCUGGAUCUAUAUCACUAGUCUUUCAGGCUUUGUAUCCGUAUCUUCUCCAUACAGCGGGCUGUUUAUCCGACGAAGAAUCAGAACCACAGCCCGUCCGUAUGAGCAUCACAGGAGGAACGAACGUAUCCUUUUCGCCGUCGUAUGAUUACAUCUCGCAGGUCCUGGUGCCGAAUUUCGCCAGGGUUGGGCUUCCACCGCUCGCCGUCCAUCUGGAGAAGAGAGGAUGGGCGACCGGACCGUUCAGUCUGGGGAAGAUGACGUUCGUCAUUCACCCAAUGGGCAGGAAUCAGGAGUCUCCGUAUGGGUUCCCGCGAGUCGAUCUAGACGGAUACCCACGGGGCAAGAUCACACAAAUCGAUGUCACGGUUUUGGCACCGGAUACUUCCCUGUUUGGUGGAUCUGAUCAGCAUACAGAUCGAAAGAAGGGGAAUUCGCAAACAUCGGAUGAUACAUCUCAGUCUACGACUAUCCGCCAAUUCAUCGAGUAUGAAACCAUGCGGAUGCUGCGCACUCGACUCCGAAGGAUACCGUCCUCGAUAGUCAAACAAGGAAGCGCAGGCCCACCAGCCAGACUAUAUGGAAACGACGAGAUUGUGCCUAUCAAUCUGCACGUCUCAGAAAGAACGCACCACCGCCCACAUAUUUACAUUCUCAUCGUGGCACAUACAUCGAAUGGGUUCAAGCUCGGUCGAGAUGCGCUUUUCGGCGCUCAGGACCAGAAUUCUCAGAGAAAGACAGGCGGCCGAAAAGGUCGACCGACAGAUGAUAGGAGUAUAGCUCUGGAACUGGUAGAGAGAUGCGUGGAUGACUUUGUGCGUGAGUUGUAUGACCCAGGCCUGCAGAGUACAUCUGAGGGUCAUCAGCCCUGUGUGGACGAGCAUAUGCGGGAUCAGCUGGUUAUAUUCGAGGCGCUUGGCAAGUCUACGUCCACGUGCGAAGUCGAUGGCAAGGGGAAAGAGGAUGAGGGGUAUUAUAGUCUCCAUACGCAGACAGCACGGUGGGUAUGCGAGCAGAUGUUGGGUGUGGAGUGGUAA